AUGCUUGAUGUAAUAGGUGCUGGAGCAACUGCAGUCUCUACCACUGAUUGGUACAAUGUCUGGAAGUGCUCACCAGAAGCGGCUCAGCUUCAAGACCAUAUCGACGACUUACAUCAACAGGGCCGUUCUCACCCACAGAAGCUUGGCAGACAGCACUCAGUCUUCACUACCUCAUGGUUGCACCAGUUCGUUAUGCUCACCCACAGGAAUUUCCAAGCAUACUGGCGCAAUCCUACGUAUAUUCGCGCCAAGUUUAUCCUUAAUAUCGCUGGUGGUCUUCUUGUGGGCUUUACAUUCUUUCAGGCAAAUGACUCGUUGCAAGGCACCCAAAUAAGCUAUUCAUACGCGAACGUCCCACUAGAAUGUAUAAUGGACUGCUCUCGUCAUGUCCCAGCUUUUCAGCUAUUCUUUUUGUGCUGGUACUGGACCGUUGGAUACCCCACAGACCGGGCGGCUUACACGUUCCUCACCCUCGCCAUCGCCUUCCCGUUCUACUAUACCACGCUUGGACAUGGUAUCGCAUCCAUGGCACCAACCGCUCCAGUUGCAUCCAUAUACUUCACAACUCUCGUUAUCUUUAUGCUGAUCUUUGAUGGCGUCGUUCAGCCGUUCUUCGAGCUGAAUUGGUGGAAAUGGAUGUACAGGGCCUCUCCCUUCACGUACAUAAUCCAGGGCCUCCUUGGUCAAGCUGUUGGCGGUCAAACCAUUAUCUGCUCCUCUACGGAACUAUACAUGGAUCCGUUUCUCAAAUUCGCUGGUGGCUACCUCACAAACCCCGGAGCUGCAGAGGGCUGCCAGUUCAACGUUAAAUACAGUGAUCACUGGCGAAACCUGGGCAUUAUCUUUGGAUUCGUUGCGUUUAACACCAUUGCGAUCUUCUGGCUCACGUAUUCUAUGCGCAUUCGCAGUGUUAGCGUGUUUACUUCUCUUAAGCAGAGGUUAGCUCGUGGCAAAUUGUAAGUGAAUUGUAAAUCAUGAAUACUACGUAUCCCUCAAAUGCACUCGCAGGACCCCAGUCAAAUAGACACGAGUGCACACACUAGCAGACGUUAGAUUCGUUUGCAUCGCACUGCAUUCGUACUGCCCUUCCGACUCCAGCGCCGCAGUACUCACAUAGAGCAGCUCACUCAAUACCACCGGGAUGUAUGAUAUGUUGGGAAGUUUUUCAUUUAAAUAGGUACUCGAAACAGAUAUCAUUAGUCAUAUGUCCUUUCCUCGAGCUGCAAAGGGUUUUAUAGAAGGGCGAUAGGGACAAUUAGUAGGUUCAACGCUUCAUUAAUCAUAAUCAUUGGUAUUACCAUGUCCCAAA